GGCAAAUCAUGUUCUUAUCAAGACUUGUUCAAAGCUUCAAAAGACUUUCGUCGCAAUCAAGAGUUUGAGCAUUGGACUGUUGGAAGAAGAUUGAUCGACCAUUGUUGUAUUUUACUGUCGCAUAGUUUACUUCAUAGCUUACGAUAUGUCUAGUGAGUUUCAACCAGAAACCGUAUAUGACAUGGUUGUAGUAGACCGAGAACAAGAUGUUGGCGUAGUAACAAAGCAGUUGUUUUCAGCUAUACACUCUACUGGAAAGACGAAAUUCGUACAAAGUUAUUUGGAACUGGUGUAUAAUAUGGGUGAAAGUGCACUGAUAGGUCUCGAUUACGUUGGUGAGUCUGAGAAGGCCAACCGAAGAGGUUUCCUGGAGAAGCUGAAAAGGGCUUCGUUGCUCUUUGUGGAUUUAAGGGAGUUGAAGCCAACUCGACCCAUCGAGGAAAAACGCAACCUAAAGUGGGCAGUCUACUAUUUAUUGUACCGAUCAGCUUGUAAUCAGAUGGGUCUACCGUUUAUGAAGCCUGAUGAAGCCUACAGACACUUUCCUCCCUAUCCAAGCUUUCUCAUUCUGGAGCUACGGAAGACUUUGGGCAUUCCUUCCGAUCAAUUUCUUUUGUUGGCAUUUGACGAAGUUGGUGUCCUUGACGAAAGUCUCGACGAAUUUCAUUUCAAGAGAACCCAUGACGGUAGAGUUCGACCAUACGACGACUUUAUCGAUAUUAUUCGUGAGUUGUGCAAAGAACCCGACUUGUUUUUUAUAGUUGUUGGGAAAAGUGAAGACUUAAAUAUAUAUAAUUACGUAGCUUCAGUCUCAAGAGUUCAGUUAGUGUUUAUUCCUCUUGCGCCGCUUGAGAAACAUAGUAUCGUGGAACAUUUGGAGAAAAGUUCUUUCUUUUUAUUCACUGGGAGCCCAAAGGUUUCAGAAAUUCUUUGUCACAAAGACUUCUCAACUAGUGAACUUGCAGAAUUGUUGUUGGAAUUGACUGGUGGUGUUCCUGGUUUACUUGUUCGAGCAAUCAGUUACCUUUUGCUGUAUAAAUCAUCCAACAACAAUUUCUUAUUAUCUAAGGAAACCUUCUUGAUCAUAAUGAAUAGCUUUCUAGUAACAAAUUAUUGUGUUGCGACAUUCUUACCUCUUCUGAUAAGUCUCAGUGAGCAGCUUACAGAUAUGUGUCUCUAUCGUCGAUUGGUUAUAGAACCAGACGGCAACGAACGCUAUGAAGUGUUGAUUCCCAAGUUACUGAUUGAAUAUAUUGACCAAGGCUUAAAGGAUGAUCGUUUAGAAUGGUUACUUUUACAGACUCUCAAGUCUCAAUUUGUUGAAUUCUUUUAUGAGUCGAAAUGUCGAAUUUUGGAAGGUCUUAUUGCUACACUGUUUUAUUUACAUUUUUCUCGGCGUCCUACAAACAGCUCAAUGUUUUCUACUCUUGGUCAAUUGUCUCGUGUUUGGAAUGAAAUGAAUUUACAAUUUUCUUCCGAAUCUGCUGCUUAUUAUAUGAAAUCUAUACAUUAUACCAGAGCUGUAUCAGGAACAGAGAGAAUGACAUUUGGAAGCAAUGAUGAAUGGGAAAGGAUAGUGGAAGAAAUGUUAGAAUUUGAAAAGAUAUGUAUUCCAUUUCAUUCAACAUCUCAUAGUCCAGAUAUAUUAUUCAAGUUGCAUGGAAGAACGAAUGAGAAGAAUUUGAUGAUAGUGGGUAUUGCUUGUAAAGGCCGAUGGAGUCGUAAUGGUAUUCGAUGGAUUGAAAUUUUGGAAGAAGCUCACAAGUUUUUAAAACCAGUGCAUGAUCAAGUAUUGACUAGUCAUCCUACUUGGCAUUGUAUGUUGAUUAUUAUGAGUACUCAGUUAGCGACCAACGUAUCUGAGGACUUGAAUCAUUCUAGUCGUUGUUAUUCUUUUGGCGAUAGUGUUGGAGAUUUCGUGAUUCCUCACAACUGUGAAUUGGUUAUUCUUUCUGAAGCCGAUGUAGAAAACUUUAUUGGCAAAGACAUUUUAUCAAAUUUAAGGAACGCUUUCAAGGCUGUGGAUAAUCCACAUUCGAGAAAUAUUGGCAUUUCAACACUACAAAAAAUAGUUUUAUUGCUUUCCAAAAAUAUUUAGGAAUAUCUUGUUGUUCUAGUGAAUGCUUCUUUGUUAUCAUUGAAAUAUUUGAAAUUUAAUAUUUUGUAAAGGAUGUGGAGUUUCUUAAACUUUCUUUAUCAAAAGAUUCUGAAAUGAAUGGAGAUUACCAUAA